AAUGAGAACACGUGAAGAUUUAUUCAGUUUCUCUCUCUCAGUCUCUUCUCAAAUGCGCUACCUUUCUCACAUGUCUCUCUUUCUACUUCGACUAAAAAAACAACCAUAGAAAUCAAAGAAAAGAAAAUGCUUCACUGAAAAUGAAAUUCCCACACAAAAUCUCAACCUUUCCACACUGCAAUCGUGAAACUUCAACCAGAUUUAACCAAAACGUAACUACAAUCAUGAAUCAUUUAAAUUCUUUUCGAACCCUAAACUUUCAGAUCGAAAAAAUCCACCGUGCCGGUUUCUCUCAGGCCACCGCGAGCUUCAUCUCCUCCAAGGAUGCUUGCUCGGCUGGUUUUGAACAACGUACAUUAUUCACUCAGCAGGUUCUGGCCAAGGCAUUGAAUCAGAUGUUAGUAGCUUAUAGAUUCUACACUUGGAAUGUUACCUAUGGAGAUAUCUAUCCUCUUAGAGUUAAACAACAGGGUAUAUUGAUAAAUGGACAGUUUCCAGGACCUCAGAUUGAAGCUGUCACUAAUGAUAACUUGAUUAUCAAUGUUUUCAAUAGCUCGGAUCAACCUUUUCUGUUUUCUUGGAAUGGAGUAGAGCAGAGAAGAAAUUCAUGGCAAGAUGGAGUAUAUGGAACAAACUGUCCAAUUCCACCAGGAAAGAACUUCACUUAUGUUCUUCAAGUAAAAGAUUAGAUUGGUAGCUUCUUUUACUUUCUCUCCCUUGAAUUUCACAAGGCUGCAGGUGGUUAUGGUGGCAUCAAAAUUAACAGCCGUCCUAUGAUUCCGGUACCGUUUCCUCCUCCGGCAAAUGAUUUCACCGUAUUGACCGGAGAUUGGUACAGCAGAAAUCACACAGAUCUUAAGGCCAUUCUAGACAAUGGAAGUGACCUUCCUUUUCCUGAUGGACUUGUCAUCAAUGGUCAUGGUUCUAAUGCUUUCACAUUCAAUGUAGAUCAAGGAAGUGUCACCGUUAACAUCAGGUAGAUUAUCUCAUAGCAGUGAUGGGGGGCUUUAUACCUAUGGAAACAGUGGUGAAAGGUAAGUCUGCAUAUCUUUUUGUUAUUUGGUGUGCCUUGGAAAAAGAGUGCGAGCGUUUGUACUUUCUAGACUCUUAAAUUCCUAAGUUAAUAAUUUAGACAUUGGUCUAUACUUCUUAUCAUGUAUACAUAGAUUUUGAUGUGAAAAUAUUUUAACCUCUCAAAGGUGACUUUGAGUUCAUCAUGGAUGAAAGUAAAGUCGGUGAUUGCAUUUGGAUUAUUAUAGAAAAUACCUGCGGAUUUACCUGCGGAAAUUUCCUGCGGAUUUACCUGCGGAAAUUUCCUGCGGAUUUAUCUGCGGAAAUUUCCUGCGGAUUUACCUGCGGAAUUUCCUGCGGAACUUCCUGCCAAAAUUAUUACCCACGAAGGUUUUAGCUGGGGACCUAAAGCCGCAGGAAAAACCGCAGGAAACGUGUUUCCUGUGGAAAUUUAACUGAAAUCCGCAGGAAAAUGGAGUAUUUCUAGUAGUGUAAAAUUAAUUUCAAUAUUUGGAGUUUA